AUGUCCGAUCUUAUCUUUGAAUGUGUAGCUCCCCUGCGGAGCUUCGCCUUUGGCAGCUGCCAAGAGCGGAAGCUAUUUCCGAUCCACUGUGCACCUAACCGGCUGGGCAACGACCUGUCACUUCAGGGAGCCCCACACCUGGCCCUGGCUGCUAUGACAAUCAUGUUGUGAGUUUCUCUGUCCUAUACUGUCAUGUUCUUUCAACCACCCUCUAUCCCCUAUACCUGUUAUACUGUUGAUUUCAAAUAAACCAAUUUGGUUGUUUUUAGCAUUGUGUAAUACAUAAUGCUUGCUGAAGCUACUCAAACAGCCAGUUAAAAUAAUACAAGGCGUCCCAUCAGGUUGCUACCAUUCUGUAUGAUGUACAGAAGAGACCUGAGAGUGAAAAGGGAUACACUCUUGCGGCAAGGACUGCUGCACGGUUUCUGCACUGUGCUCAGGUAGGAGAAUUAUGAUCAUGAUACAUUUUGAUAGCCAACAUGUUUUUGGAAAAAACGUAAAGGUUGAUCUAUUGAUGUGAGAAAUUAGUCAACUUAUCUGCAUUAAAAGCACUUUGAAACAUUGUCUUUUCAUAGGCAUGCAGAUUGUAACCUCUACAUCCCUAUCAUUUUCAGGUCUCUGAAUACCCUUCUCUGUAAAUGUGUUUUCUUCCUAACACCCAGAUAAUCACUCAUUCUCCUCAGAAGUAUCAGCAGGACAGAACCUGGUGUAAAGUGUACCCUCUUGGCAGAACCCCCUUCAACUCCACCACAAAGAGGUUCAGGACCAAGCCUGUUACAGCCGACUCCAACACAGGGUGUGUGUGUGGUUAUUGGCAGUGGCACUCUCUCCAAACAGUCCAUGACAGGAAAACACUGAUUAUCUAUUGUAUAAAUGCAUUGCAUGUAUCAAUCUUCAAAUAUAUUGACUACUGACAGCAGUUUUUAUGAUUCAGUCCUGGGGGCAUUUGCUCAUGAUACUACUCGAGAGUCGUAAGGUGUUGUGGCCUAUGAACUUUGGCUCCCAGACGGAGGUAGACUGCCCCGACUCGAGAGGAAAGCCUUGA